GAAACUUCCCAUUCUUGGAUCUAGUUAAUGAAGUUUUAUGAGGAGGGAGGAGUUCAAGCUCACCCACGUAAAUCAGACGGGUCUCCAGCAGGAGCUGAAAAUUCCCAAGAACAGUUGGAUACACAAACUGCCUACAAUGGCUGGCUCAAAAGCUGAUCUGGUGUUGGAGAACUAUAUAGGUGGCCAGUUUAUUCCUUGUUCUUUUUAUUUAGAUUCCUAUGACCCCUCCACAGGAGAAGUAUAUUGCAAAGUACCAGACAGUGGCAGAGAAGAGGUGGAGGCUGCAGUCAAAGCUGCCCAAAAUGCCUUUCCAGGGUGGUCUGCCAAAAGUCCUCAAGACAGGUCAAAAAUAAUGAGCAAGCUGGCAGACCUGAUUGAAAAAGAUCUGGAGUCGUUUGCAGAAGCAGAAUCAAAAGAUCAAGGGAAAACGGUUGCAUUUGCUAGAACAGUGGACAUCCCUCGGGCAGUAUACAAUUUCCGUUUUUUUUCAUCUUCCGUUCUUCACCAGACAACUGAGAGCACACAGAUGGACCAUAUGGAUUGUAUGCAUUAUACCGUGAGAACACCAGUGGGAAUUGCUGGCUUAAUUAGCCCUUGGAAUCUGCCACUUUACUUGCUGACUUGGAAAAUUGCUCCAGCCGUUAUGUGUGGAAACACUGUCAUUGCCAAACCCAGUGAAAUGACAUCAGUCACUGCUUGGAUGAUGUGCAAGCUUCUAGACAAAGCAGGUUUCCCCCCAGGUGUUGUGAAUAUCAUAUUUGGGCAUGGUUCCAAAGCUGGGGAUGCUCUAGUUUCUCAUCCUGAGGUGGCCCUGAUUUCCUUCACUGGAAGCACGCUUACUGGUCAGCGCAUCAUUGAGAGGAGUGCUCCGUUCUUCAAGAAGCUCUCAUUGGAGCUUGGAGGCAAGAACCCGGCUAUCAUCUUUGAGGAUGCCAGUUUGGAUGAAUGCAUCCCCGCCACUGUAAGAUCUAGCUUUGCUAAUCAGGGUGAAAUAUGUCUCUGCACAAGCAGAAUCUUUGUUCAGCGGAACAUUUACUCAGAGUUUUUGAAAAGGUUUGUGGAGGCUGUCAAAAAAUGGAAGGUUGGAAGUCCUUCAGAUCCCACAACUGACAUGGGAGCACUGAUAAGUAAAGAACAUUUAGCAAAGGUAAAGAAUUAUAUCAAAAAAGCUCAGGCAGAAGGAGCUAAGAUUCUCUGUGGUGAGGGAGUGGACCCCUUGUUUCUUCAUCCUAGAAACCAGAAUGGCUAUUUCAUGCUUCCAACUGUCAUUGCAGAAAUUGAAGAUAACUCAUGUUGCAUGCAAGAUGAGAUAUUUGGUCCUGUGACCUGCAUCACAGUGUUUGACACAGAAGAGGAAGUGAUUAGGAGAGCCAAUGGGGUCAAAUAUGGCCUGGCAGCCACUGUCUGGUCAAAUAAUGUGGGGCGGGUUCAUCGUGUAGCUAAGAGACUACAGUGUGGAUUGGUGUGGACUAAUUGUUGGCUUAUCAGGGAUUUAAAUUUGCCCUUUGGUGGCACAAAAGCCUCAGGUAUAGGCAGAGAGGGGGCAAAGGACUCCUAUGAGUUUUUCACAGAAUUGAAAACAGUUACUGUAAAACAUUGAGAUAUAGUGAUGAAAAGGCUGAAUGUCAUGAUAUAUAAGCAUUUAGGUAUGCUGCUACAUCUUUCUAGCCAUGACAUAACUCUAUUAAAUGUCCUUAUUACCUGAGAACUUACAUUCUGCUUUUCAUAGUCAAAGCCCUUCUCAAUGUGGCCAAUAAAAAUUAUUUCACAGUGACAGUUAAAUUGCAAAUGAAGCAGAUAGUUUAAUGGCUCACCUGGGGGUGGGGGUGGCAAGGGAGUGGGGCUGAGGAGCUGGAUUUUGCUCUGCUGUUGGUGACAACUGGUCUACCUUUGACUGUCUGUUGGCAAGUUGGCUGUCUGUUUUUCUUCCCAUGAGAAAGAUCAAGAGAAGAUAGUGGUACCCAAGAGUUUGCAAGGGGAAUAAAUAGAUCCUAGGGUGAGUACUCAAAGAUGUGCAUGCCAAUUUCAAUUACUUUCCCCACUCAUAUGGAUGUGAAAAGUGGACAAUGAAGAAAUCUGACAGGAAAAAAAACACCCUCAUUUAUUUGAGCUAUGGUGCUGGAGGAGAGUCUUACAGGUAUUACAGAUGGCCAAAAAGACAAAUAAGUAAGUUCUAGAUAAGCCUGAAUUCUCCCUAGAAGCUAAAAUGAAGCUAUCAUACUUUGGUCACAUGAUGAGAAGACAAGGCUCACUGGAAAAGUCAAUAAUACUAGGAAUAGUUGAAGGCUGUAUGAAAAAAAUCACAAAUGACUCAACAAAGAAGAUCCUCAAGUUUGCAAGUCCCUGAACAAGGCUGUUAAUGAUACGAUGUUUUGGAGAUCAUUAAUUCAUAGGGUCGCCAUAAGUAAGAAGUGCCUUAAUGGCACAUAACACACAACCCUCCUCCCUCCACAAUGCUAACCCACUCAACUUCUACUACCCUGAAUUGUGCAUAUAGUUAGUUUGUUCCCUGAAACGUGUUUGAAAGUAAAAGUAUGAGGAACAGAACACGAAGGAAAAGGGUGAGCCGGUCUACUUGUUAUGCAUAUUAGGAUGAAAGCAUCUCAACCUUGUCCCAAUUAUAACUCUAGGCUGCAAUUUAGGGUUGCCAGCCUCCAGGUGGUACAAACCAAAAUGAGGCUAUCCCUGGUGUACGUAACUAUAAAGCAAGGAGCAGUUUUCCGCUCCUUGCUUUGUAGCCUCCAGGUGGUGGCUGGAAAUUUCCCAGAAUUACAACUGAUCUCCAGGUGAGAAAAGUCAGUUCCCCUGGAGAAAAUGGCUGUUGUGGAUGGUUGGCUCUAUGACAUUAUAUCCCACUGAGGUCCCUUGCCCCCCCCCCCAAACUCUGCCCUCCCCAGCCUCCUCAAAUCUCCAGGAGUUUCCUAACCUGGAGCUGGCAACCCUAGGAUGUAUGAAGAACUUUUUAACUAGAUUCCUAAACCCAACCUAACAUCUAAGUAACAGUUUCACAAUAAUUUUCUGGCACAGGAAGAUUUAACAUGUUCAUUUUCAGGAGUGAUUCUGUAAAACAGAAUGAAGCAAGAUGUGCUUAACAAAGCUGACACGAGGAUGAACAAAAAUUGGAAAUACAACCGCAUUCCCUAAACAGAGUCGGGUAAAGCUAGUGUAUUAUAUUGCUAUUUUCUAUUUCAGAUGCACCUGUAAAUUAUAUCCAUAAGGGGGCACUAGAGUGCCUUCAUUUUUGCUAGUCACCACUGAUGCCCCCUGGACUGCUGCUUUGUUUAGAAGAGAGCUCUUUAACAAAUACAUUUAUUUUGUGAUUUUGUUUUUCUUCAUUAAAAUCUUACUGGUAAAAUUUUUAAAGUGGGGGGAAAGGUAUGGAUUUAGUUUAAUCAGAACAAGCUUUUCUUGUAUAUGGGUAUCAAAAGGUAAGAAAAUGACCAUCCUUUCAAAUUCCAUUUUUUUGGCAAUGGGGGAAACUUGGAGGGCAAAAUGAGUUUAACUGUAGUGGGCAAAACAGGUAUAUUACACCAGACCUAAGAGAUUUAUAGUGCAAUCCUAAGCAAAGCUAUACUCUUCUAUAUCCACUGAUUUCACAUAAAUUUGUCUUAUAAUGAAUCAGGCCAUUGCUUCACCAAGGUCAUUAUUGUCUGCUCGGCUGCAGCUCUCUAAGGCACUAGGCGGAGAUCUUUCGUGUCACCUACUGUCUGGUCAAAUGAUUACACAAUUAACUUCAAUGGCUAUAGAAGGGUUUAGGGUUGCAUUGGCAGUUUUAUAACUGCAAACAUCUUGUAGUUUUCCAUUCCAGGGGCAACAGAAUUUUAUUUUUUACCUUCUUUGCUGCAAGCUGUCUCAUCUGGAGAAAGAAAUCAUGUAGCCAUCAUGAGGAUUUUGUUUAAUCACUUUUAUGUAAGGCUGAAGACUCCGUCCAUCUGUUAAUUCAGAAAGAUGAACUCAGCAACAUCUGAUUAUCUCACUAAUGCCAGCAGACUCCCACCACCAUCACUACCAUGAAUGUAUGUCAUCGUGCAACAACUUUAAGUGACAAGGAUCUUUAUUUAUUUUUUCAUACUUAAUUUGAAUAAGACCAAAUUUCUAAUACCGUUGACCAAGAUGAAAAUUCACUAUUUCUCUAGAGGAUGUUAUAAACGUUAGAUGCUGGUUAAAAACAAAUGAAUGCUUUGAAGAAAGAUAGAAAAUAUAUUUUCACAAUGGGCCUACAUUAGAGGCAAGGGUAAGAACGUAUGCAGUUCAAUGUAUAAUUUUCAAAAUUCCAUCGUCUUCAGGUAGCUCACAAGCUGCUGAAGAGUAGCUCUUGCGGAUCCUAUAGAUGCUUCUUCAGAACUCCUGCAGAAGAGAGAAUUUCCAAUUUCCACAGACAAUCUUGAUCAGAGACACGUGUCUCUAUAUUAAUAUCAGAUGUAGCAACUGAUCCUCUGUUUGAAAUCAAAUAUAGACUCUGGAUUCCUUGCAUGUAUUAUUUAAAUGUACUUAUGUGUUUAUACCUGAUUCCAGGGGCAGUGAUCCCAUAUCUGAAUACAGCGUUCUGUAUGCAAAU